AUGGAGCGGACUACAUCACGCGCUGAGGCCGAUCAGGCUCGCGCCGACAUGGGCGUCGAGGCCCGGCAACAAUUCAUGACCGGCAAGCAGCAGAAGGGUGUGUUCAGCCAGAUCGCUGCCAAUCCGAAGAUUGUAUUCAUCGCUUUUUUUGCUUCACUCGGCGGCUUCGAGUACGGUUACCAGCAAGGUGUCCUGGGCCAAUCUUUGGUGAUGCAUCGAUUCGUCUCCAACUUUCCUUCAGUCGUCGCGUCGUCCGCCGCAACAGGUUGGCUUACUUCAGUGCUCCAGCUUGGAGGCAUUGUCGGAUCACUCUCGGCUGGGUUCCUCGGCGAAAUUUUCUCCCGGAAGUACACCAUGCUCAUGGCUUGCCUCUGGGUCAUCUUGGGAUCUUACCUCUAUGUCGGAGCCCAUGCCGGCGCCUCAUCGCUGCUGUACGCUGGAAGAUUCUUUACUGGCCUCGGUGUCGGCCUGUUCAGUGGUGUUGGACCGCUCUACAACGCUGAACUCGCUGCUCCUGAGAUCCGUGGCUUCCUCGUCUCUUUCUACCAGUUCGCCACGAUCUUGGGAAUCAUGUUGUCAUUCUGGUGCGGAUACGGCAGUAACUAUAUUGGCGGGACCGGCGAUGGACAGUCGAACCUAGCGUGGCGUCUUCCUUCAAUUAUUCAAGGCAUUCCCGCCAUUUGUCUUGCGAUCGGCAUCUAUUGGAUGCCAUUCUCUCCGCGAUGGCUCGUGAAGAAGGGCAGGACUGAGGAGGCCCGGCGGACCCUUGCUUGGCUACGAAAGUUGCCAGAGAACCACGACCUCGUCGAGUUUGAGUACCUCGAGAUCCUUGCUGAAGCGGAGUUUGAGCGACGCGCUUUCGCUCGUGCAUACCCAAGGCUUGCCGAGAAGCAAAAGCAGAGCCAAUUCAUGGAACAAGUUGGCCAAUACGCCAAUUGCUUCCGAACCUGGGACAACACGAAGCGCUGUAUCACCGUCUGGCUGAUUAUGUUCUUCCAGCAGUGGUCGGGCAUCGAUGCGAUCAUUUACUAUGCCUCCAAUGUAUUCAAGAGUCUCGGGUUGACAGAGGGAACGAUCGCCCUGCUUGCAACUGGUGUCACUGGCGUCGUUUUCAUCGUUUCGACUGUCCCCGCCAUGCUGAUCAUCGACAAGGUUGGCCGCAAGCCCAUGCUGAUAGUCGGAUCUAUCGUGAUGUGCGUCUCGAUGGUCAUCGUUGGCGUGAUUGUCGCGUGCUUUCACCAUGACUGGCCUGCACAUGUUGCGGCUGGCUGGACUGCCGUUGCUUUAAUCUGGGUUUACAUCGCUGGCUUCGGAGCCACUUGGGGACCAGUCUCAUGGACGCUAGUCUCCGAGAUCUUCCCGCUGUCCAUUCGUGCAAAGGGUGCCUCCUUCGGAGCUUUCAGCAACUGGAUCAACAACUUCGCCAUUGCGUUCUUCGUCCCACCAAUGCUGAAACAUUGGCAAUGGGGGACUUACAUCUUCUUCGCCGUAUUCCUUGCUGUUGGCAUUCUAUGGGUCUGGUACUUCCUCCCUGAGACCAAGAACAAGACAUUGGAAGAGAUGGACAGAGUUUUUGGAUCCAACACUGGUGAGCAAGACGCUUUGCUGCUGCGAGAAGCCCAGAGAGACGUUGGAUUGCUUGCGUUCCUCGACGGCAACAGGGCCGCUGAUGAGAAGAGUGGCGAGGGCUCUUUCGCAAGUGUGCAGCACGAGUCGAAGGUAUGA